AUGUUCGUUUUCAAAGGCUGCGAAAUUGUUGAGAAUACUUGUGAAUGUCGCCAAGAACAGAGUUGCAUCGACCCAUUUCCAUUCCUGACGAUUGAGGAUUGCCAAUUGGCGCUUAUCAGAAGAUGUGAGAAGAGAAAAUGUCCGAGAUAUAAGAAUAGGAGAAUUUCGUGUCCGGUUGAUAGUGAAAUUCUACCAGGCGAAUGGAGCGAUGAUGGAUGCUGUCCACAGCCCGAUAGCUGCAUCUGCAAACCCUGCCCGAGAACCCUCUGCGGAAAUGGAACUCCAAAGAUUCUGCUUCAGCAAGGAAACGGAAUUCCCGGAACCUGCUGCGACGUAGAAAAAUGCGGCGGCCUCUCUGACCUAAACAUUGACUCGUCGAUUUCCGAGGUGACUCCUUUCUGUGGCAAGCUCGACGGGCAGCUGAGAAAAGUCGGAGAUACGUGGUGGUCGGAUGAGUGUACAAAAUGCACUUGCAAGGCGGAUGGUAGAACUGACUGUGAGGCGUUUGCUUGUACCCCGGAAACGUGUCAGAAUUAUGAAAAGAAGGACAAGGCGCAUUUUGAUAAGUGCUGCAGGGCUGAGUGUGAGACCUACGAUUAUUUUAUAUUUGAAGAAGACACCUGUCCGAGGAUGCCCCGCUGCGUAUUUCCAUGCCAAAUUGAGUUCGACUCCCGCGACUGCGAAAUCUGUCAUUGCCCCGACUACACUUACGAGGACGGACUGAGUUCGUCGUCAGAAAUUAUCACCAAAGACGGAUGCCCGUCGCUAUCCGGCUGUCAGAAGACCUGUCGCCGGUUUGGAUUCAAGCGCGAUCCAACUACGAAAUGCAAACUUUGUAAAUGCCAGAAAACUCCGCUCAAGUGCCCGAACCUGGGUGACUGUGUCAAGAUCUGCCCUUAUGGUUAUCGCCAGGACAACUACGGUUGCGAGAUUUGCCAAUGCCGCCGAUGUCCGUCCUUCAAUUGCGAAUCACGUGACACUUUCGGAGUCAUGACGCAGCUCAUUUGCCCGCACGGCAUGGUGAUCAACGACAGCGGAUGUCGAAUUUGCCGCUGCAGGAAGAAAAAUGAAAAUGACACGGCGCUGACUGAGAAAAGGGCGGGAAGCGUUUGUACUGUGGGAACUAGUUGUCAUCUAUGCUUCUGCUAUUCCGGCUUCGAUGAGAACAACGAAGGCUCGAUUCUCUGCAACCUGAUCAAAUGCCCAGAUGUCUCCGGCUGUCAAGCUGUCGUAUUCCCUGAAGACUCAUGCUGCCCACAGUGUUUGACUUUAGUUGAAAAUACGAAUUCUACUGAAAUUUCUACAUCAUCAGCCGAUUUCUUCAAACCGCAAAAAUGCGACGAAUUAGGUCUAGUCAACGGAGAAGUUUGGCGACCAACAGAAGAAAAUUGCUUCAUUUGCGGAUGUAUGGCAUCUUUUGUCAUGUGCUCCUAUCAUGUCUGCCCACCGGUCACUUGUGAUGAGCCAAUACUGAUUCCCGGAAGCUGCUGUCCAAUUUGCGAAAUCUCCAAUCCUCUCAACCACCGCCUCUGUAUCAGCGAAGAAAAAGGAGCGAUCGAACAUGGACAAAGUUGGCGAGUUUCAAACUGCAAGAGUUGUUACUGCGAUGGCGGAGAGAUCCAUUUGGAAGACAGUUGUAUCGACAAUGAAAUGAAUGACAGACUUUCUGAAACCACUUGGAAACGAGAUGUCUGUACGACUUGCCAAUGUCUUCGCGGCGACAUCAGCUGUUUUGUCGACCCCUGUCCUCCAAUCGAAGCCUGUGAAAGUGGCUUGGAACCGAUUUUCGCCGAAGGUCAUUGUUGCAAAAUCUGCCCAAUUGCUGAAGAAGAGCUGUGCAAGACCAAGGAGUGCACGAUUACUGUUGUCAUGACGGUAUUGCUUGUUUUGCUGACGAUUCUGUCGAUAACAGUCCUCGCCUGUGUGAGAUACAAGAAGAGCAAGGAUACAUACGAGCCGGUGCCGAGAUAUUCUGAUACUUACAGAACCAAUGGCGGCGUGGUGCAGCUACCAAGAAGUCCAGCAAUUGCACGAGUCGUCGCUGGAAAUGACCCGGAUGGCCGAGUAACUGCAACUGGCUACGCACGUGACCCAUCUCACAUGUCAGUAAUGAAUCUUCAGAAUGCUACUUCUUUCCAAUCGCUUCCAAAACACUCCACGGCCACCCAACUGACCUCCGAUAUCGGCAAAUUUUCGAGCGUCACUGCCCCCGAUUUCGACGAAUUGUGGAGAAACAACGAAUAA